ACCCGCCAAUUAAACAACAGAAGAAGACGACGAAUCUCAGUUCAUGCCGUAAAACUAGUUGAUGACUACAUGCUUUACGGUCACCGCCAUUAGUUACGUUACCGUUUUCUGCAGUGCACUUUGCUAAUCUGUCCUUGUAAAUAUGCAUCAUAUGCAUUUGGACGACUGAAGUUUUCAGCUCCCUUCUGACAAAAACAACAACAAGAAGAGCGGAUUGAAAACACAGGAUGGCAUCUCAUUUCCUGAAAGUCUCAGUACUUCUUCAGAAGUACCGGACACCGCUGGUCAUUGCGAGCUGUGGCGGAGUCUUUGCAGCGAACAUGUUCUACCAUGUUUUCCCCAACUUGUCCUACCGCCAGCUCUAUCAGGCCUGGUGUAAAGGAGAGCCAGUGAUGCUGUCUGAAAAACUGGAGUGUCUCUUUCAGCAGGUGCUGAAGGACUAUAAUGUCAGCUCAACCAAGAAUUUCUUAGCCUUUGCGUCUUUUGGAUUCCAUCCGGUUGGUGCUGGUGUCCCGUGGCUUCCUGCUGGGGUUCAGAUCGGCAUCCCAGCUAACUUUAACAGCACUCUGGAUGACCCGAGCGGCAUUACCAACCGCAACGUCUUCAUCAACGACAAAAUGGUGGACUGGAGCAGCGAGGCUGGCUGUGCUCUGAAGGAGGCGCUGUUGUUUUCCGUCGAGGCGCAGAAGUUUGCCAUUGCACGUGAAGUGGCCCGCUUGCAGUCAGGAGGACCUGUUAUGAGCGCAGCUGUUGCUCCGUUCUGUCUGGGUGGGGUUUGGGUGUACAGCGUGGUACUGAAGCAGGUGUUUGGGCUGCACGGCGGGCCCAUGCUACUUCGUGGGGCUGUGAACAUUGUGGCGCUGGGUAUCGGCGCUGUUUCUUACUUUCUCACCUCGGACGCUUUGAGCCAGUGGCUUGACUACAGCUCAGACCGGCGUGCGGCUGGAGUGUCUCGGGAGUACGCUAAAGGAGGGGUGGAGUUUUAUGAUAAAAUCUUGUCCAGAAACAAAACUCUGCGCUCUCUGAUGGGGAAGAAGGGAGAGGAGAUGUAUUCACCCAGUGGUAACCUCUUUCCUGCUAACAUCCUUCAGCUGAAGCACACGCCGUACACUUCCAGGAGGGAAGGCAUCCUCACGCUGCUGAAAGAGAAAGCUUGAAAUGUAGAUGUUGCAUUUUUUUUUACUUUCAAAUGCUAUAAUGCUUGUCUGAAUAUUAUUUAUAAGUGAAAAGGGUAAGCGAUUAAAAUUCGGAAGUGUCUUUUAAAGUUAUGGUGUGUCAGAAAACUUGUGUGUUCUUGACAGCAAAAACAAGAUGGAGUAAUGGCUGUGAUUCAUUUGAAUGUAGUGUAAUAAAACUCAAAAUAUGGCUGUCAUACAAUCAUCUGAUAAACUGUGAAAAUAAAUUUGAUUAAUUUUAA